AACAAACGGGCAAACCUACCAGAACGGGAGCACCCAAACUCGGGGCCGGGGAAACGAAGCUGAAACUCAUUGAAACGCCACCGCUGCCAACGUUGAGGCGGCGCCACCUCUGAGAAGCCGUGACCUGCUCCCUUGGCUACCCCUGCUCUUCUUUCUUACGCACACAUAGUCGAGCUCAGCUAUAUUGGCCGGAUUUGGAGUUUGCCCGGGUUCGUCUGGGGAUAGAGAGAGGACGCAAGAAGCAUGGCGUACGAAGGAGGACAGUUGAAGUCGACCUCCAUCAAUGGAGUGAAGAUGUACUCUGUUUCUUCUCAGAACCGUUCCCUCGCCACUUGGCUUCCCCCGAAGAAGCUCAGAGCUCUUCGCAAGGACACCAAGUACAUGCAAAGGAUGCGAUUGCUCGAGGAUAUGAGGUUUGAAACUGCAACUACAAAAAUUAAAGCAACUCCCGAUGGAGAGUUCCUUAUUGCAUCAGGUAUAUAUCCGCCCCAAAUUAAAGUAUAUGAGCUGGGGCAACUGUCAUUGAAGUUUGAAAGACACUUUGAUUCAGAGAUUAUCGAUUUUCAGGUUUUGGCUGGUGACUAUUCGAAGCUAGCGUUUCUCUGUGCUGAUCGUUCUAUUUGUUUACAUGCAAAAUAUGGAAAACACUACAGUUUACGGAUUCCAAGAAUGGGGAGGAACAUUGAAUAUGAUUGCUGGUCUUGUGACUUGCUGUGCGCAGCCUCUUCUCCUGAUCUGUACAGAAUAAAUUUAGAACAGGGUCGUUUCUUGUCCUCCCUGGUUACCCAUUCUCCAGCACUAAAUGUGGUAGCCAGAAGCAAGCUUCAUGGACUAGUGGCUUGUGGUGGUGAGGAUGGUGCUGUGGAAUGUUUUGACAUGAGAACCAGAGCUGCUGUUGGUAGAAUCAAUGCCAUUGCACCUUCUGGAGAUAUUGACCAGGAAGUCACUGCUAUAGAUUUUGAUGGAGAAGGCGGCUUUAUGAUGGCUGUUGGAAGUGGUGGAGGAAAGGUGCUGCUCUAUGAUUUGCGCUCCUCACAUCCAGUACGAGUUAAGGAUCACAUGUAUGGUAGCCCAAUAUUGGAUAUUAAAUGGCAUCGCACUCUUAAUUCUGAACAGCCGAAGUUGAUCUCCACUGAUAACCACAUUGUCAGAAUAUGGGACCCAGAGACGGGAGAUGGCAUGACGAGCAUUGAACCCACAGCUGGAGCAAUUAAUGAUAUAUGUAUAUUCAAGGACAGUGGGUUGAUGAUGUUGGCCUUGGACAGUAGUCAAAUACCUUCUUACUUCAUACCUGCUCUGGGACCUGCUCCUAAAUGGAUUGCUGUCCUUGAAAAUUUGACGGAAGAGCUGGAGGAGGGAGGUCAAACGACUAUAUAUGAUGAUUUCAAGUUUUUGACGAAAGAAGAUCUUGAGAAGUUGAAUUUGACCUAUCUGAUUGGCACAAAUCUCUUACGAGCAUACAUGCAUGGCUUCUUUAUCGAUUAUAGAUUGUAUAAAAAGGCAAAGGCAUUGGCAGAUCCUUUUGCAUAUGAUUCUUAUGUAGAGCAGCGGAAGAAAGAAAAGCUUGAAGCUGAACGAGCUUCUCGGAUCACGAUCAAGAGAAAAUUGCCCAAAGUUAACAGGCUUCUUGCUGCCAAUCUCCUGGAGAACGAUGAAGCUGAGAAGGAUGAAGCAGAGGACAACGAAAACAAGAAGAAAUCAAAGAAAAAGAAAGGACUCAGCAGUGAACUUCUCAAAGAUGAGAGAUUUGCUGCUUUGUUUGAAGACAAGAACUUUGAAAUUGAUGAGCAAUCCAAAGAGUAUCUGGCGUUACAUCCCAUGGCUUCUAAGAAGCAAGCAACUUUGGUUGAAGAACAUUUUGAGCCGGUCAUGGAAGGGGAGGAAGAUCAUUCAGGGGAUUCUGAUGCCUCUGAAGGGGAGACUGAUGAUAGCUACAAGAAGCAGAAGUCUCGUGUUCCUAGGCUAUACGAAGUAAAGGACGAGAGGCAUGCGGAGGCAUUCUUCAAUCGUGUCUCUCUGGCCAAUGAGGACUCUCUUCCUCUCGGAGAGAGAGUGGCUGCUCUCCAAAACAAUCAGCGAGCUGGCAUUCCAGGUGAUGUGAAGGUGGGUCCUGGAGGAUCAAGAGAAAUAUCGUUCGUCUCCAGAAGCUCGGCAAAGUAUGUGGAGGACCAGGGAGAUAGAGAGGCAGGGCACAAGAAGAGAAGGGGAGUCCAGUCAUUGGGUCUCAAGCCCGAUAAGUACGGAGGCCGUGGCAGAGGAAGGGGUGGGCCGCGCGGUAGAGGAGGAAGGGGUGGGCCGCGCGGUAGAGGAGGAAGAGGUGGGCCACGUGGUAAAUUCAUUGUCUAGUCUCCUUGGGAGAAUCUCUUCUUUGCAUACUUCAGCAAAGGUGGAUCAGUGAAAAGUGUGUCUGCAACACAUUUUUCUCGCGGGAAGAAAGAUCCGACCAGAGCACGUCAUAGGACUAAUCUUCUGGUUGGUCGAUGGGACGUUGAAGCCGUAUAUUCUGAGCUAUUGGAGUUUUACUUCAUCAAUUUUGUUCGGUCGUGUCUGUCGCGAAGUGAUAUGCCUGAGAUUGCUGUCACUUUAAGAGAAGAAAUGGGAGCGAAACAUCGUAGAUUGUCCCUUUCUCUAUUCCCAGCUUAAAAGAAAGGAGAUUCAGUCGAUUAAUAUUAUUUUAUGUAUUUGAUUGAGAAAGAAGAAUGUUUAAGUAUGAAGGGAAUCAAUUCCCUAUUCACAUUCAUAACCGUUCCAUAGCAAUUCCAUUCCAUUGCAUCUCC